AUGGAUGACAUAGACGCAGUGAAGAAACUAUUGGUAUCCCUCCACCACGGAGUGGAAGAACUCGAGAUUAAGCUGAAGUCUGGAAUGCUAGCCAAGAGCUUGCUGAAUCAUGUCCAGGGUGCUAAAACACCGCUCGAAAAAGUCAACCUAUACAAUAAUUAUGCGUACGUGAUCGCGUCUCUAUACUUUGUGCUGUUGAAAGCCAGCGGCGAGAAUAAGAAGAACGAACAUCCCGUAAUGCAAGAGCUCAAUCGUGUGAAACUUUAUAUCGAGCGAGCGAAAAAGGCAGCUGCCAAAGAAGAAAAUACAGAAGAGUUCAGGCGGAAAGUCGCAGAGGCUGCCGAACGCCACGUGCGAAACCAGCUUGGUGAGAAAGUAGAGCCAGCGGUGAGCAAAGUGCACUUUGAGGGUAAGCACACGAAAUUCGGGGGAGACAAAGAAGACAAGGACGCCGAUAAAACAACGAAGAAACGCAAGACAGACUCCGACGACUCGAAAGACUCCAAGAAGUCCAAAAUGAAGCACAAGAAGCUAAAGGAGACUAAGAGCAAGAAGUAA